AUUUAAUUUCUCGAACGUGACUCAUAGCAAGUCGCGGAACUCAGAGACGAGACCGACCGGGACCGAACCGGUUGCGCCUUCAACUCGGCCGGCAGGGGGCGCUACACUCCCUCCCCGGUCCCAAGCGGAAAGUGUCCCAGUAAAGGUUUGCGCUGCGGGCGCUCAGUUGUGCUUCGGGCGCGUGGAUCGAUAAGGACCGCCGUGAUCAGCCGUGAUCGAUCGCGUCCGAGAGCCUGAUGCAGCACGAGGCCGAGGGGGGGCGCGUCUCGCGCAGGAAGCGCCGCUGUAAGGCGCUCGUGGUUUCGGGGGUCGCCGCGCUCGUGCUGUCCGUGGUGCUCGCGGUGCUCUUAGUCGCCACCGUGGGGGGUCCGAGCCCAGGUAAGGACCUGAAGGAUACCGUCGUGUCCAGGUGCAGGACGUUCCUGGAGAUGAACGAGCCGGAAACCAGCAAGAAGUUGUGUGAGGACGCGUGGGCUGCGUUCGCACGGGCCUUCGUGGGCCGGGACCCCUGCGAAGUGCCUGUCGAGGCGUACGACCCGCUUAUCUACACGAUCGAGCAGAAGAGCCGCUGUGGCCGGACGCUCUUCUGGAGUAAAACCAAAGUCCUGGCUCACCAGUUCACCCAGGAGAAGAAGUGCAUGGUCACUGUGGAAGACACACUGCUGGGGUUCAUCAUGGACGGUCUCACCUGGUGUGGGAGGAACGGGAGCAACGGAGUGUUCACUACCGGCUGUCCUGGAUGGACGCAGUGCCAGUUGAACCCGGUUCGAUCCUUCUGGGGCCGAGUCUCUGCGGCGUUUGCUGCGUCCAGCUGCGGAAACGCCGCGGUUAUGCUCAACGGGUCUCUCGCCACCCCGUUUGACCCCACAAGUGUAUUCGCCAGCGUAGAAGUGAAGAACUUCAACUCCACCAUAAUGACUGGCCUCACUGUGCUCCUGGUUGCCAGAAAGAAUGACUCGGCAAGUUGUGGAAACAGCUCAUUACAGAACCUCCAGCAGGCUUUGGACCCGAUGCUGAAAUACCAGUGUAAAGUCGUUCAGCAGUCCCAGAUCCUGGACUGCAUCGCAGACACUACAAUGCCCUGUGGUAAAUGCUGGUGAAGGGUACCGCUCGUUUACUCGGAACUGUGAAAUAAGGCCGGCAGCCAGGUGGAGGUGUCCUUCUAAAAUGUGAGCGGACAGAGAGGCCUGGUCCUCUGUCAUAAUUAAUGCUAUUGUAAUUUCUUUAUGGAUGCACUUUGGAAUCAUUUAGGUGCAGGACCAGUUAUUUACAAUCACUCUCUUCUAUUAUACCACCAUAUAAUAUCGAGGCAUUAACUUUAUUGUUCGCUGUACCAAGUUGACAGCUUGUAGAUCUUGUUAUCCUCACAAUUUUCCUCUCAUAACAUUUAUAAGUUGUCACAAAAAUAACUAUAUUGAAAUAAUUACCAAGCCCUGUACCUGAACACAGGAGAUUAAUAGCUGAAUGAUAGCUGUGCUUUCAGUUCAAUCCGGAAGGCUUUUACCGCGGGACGUAACUCCAACACAUGUUGAAUGGUGUCAGGGCUACUUUCACAAAAAGUACACUGAUCAUCCUUAUUCAUCUUCAAGUCAUUGCACAACAAGGCUCUUUACCAAGGAGAUUCGAUCCCAUAACUUACAUGGCAUCUCCUGCAAUAUUAAUUGGGCAUCAUCCAGAUUGUUCCCAGUCGGUCUGUGUCGCAUGUGAGGAUUUCCGUUUUACUGUAACUGCAUAACUGGACAUUAAAAAUGUAUUUUUGUAUCCAUGGUCCAAAGUACCAUUUCCCUCUAGUCUGGUAGCAGCUGUCAAAGUUGGCGGCAUUUUGCAUGUCCAAGUCAGACCCGUAGCCACUCACUGCUGCCCCCCAGCGGAGCACAGAUGUGUGUGUGUGUGUGUGUGUGUGUGUGUGUGUGUGUGUGUGUGUGUGUGUGUGUGUGUGUGUGUGUGUGUGUGAGGCCCGUUGUCUCCAGAGACGCACUGCGAUUAGCCGAGAUGAGCCCAUGACUGCACUAGUUCCCACACAGGGACCUUUGUAUUAGAUACUGAGGUGCACCGCAGUUACGUUCUCAUUUUUUUUACGUGUUUUAUGUGAAAAAUAACAGUUUGAAUAAUAAGUUCUACCUUUGCUGUGAAAUCUAGUAUGUGUGUAAUGCAAGGCUGGAAGGUAAAAAUAUAUUUUUUAGAGA